GGCGGUGCAAAUCCAACGACCAAUACCCAUUCCUGUUUUACCAAUAUUUUAUGUCUGUACAUUAUUUCGUAAUAUCAUCGCUACAUUUGAAAUUCUUUACAAUCAAAUAGUGUUACGAUUCUGUGGCCACUUCCGUUCGUUGGCGCGGUUGUUGAAUAGCCGGGACUUGACAAGUAAAAACACCAAGCAAAACAUAAUUUUACAUGAUCUCUACGGAAGGUUUAGGAGCAUGGAAAAUAGCAGGGCCCAGUUUCCAUUUCCCUUCCAGCCCUAUAACAUCCAGGAGCAGUUCAUGCAAGCCCUGUACAGUGCACUUGACCAAGGCAAAGUGGGCGUCUUUGAAAGUCCCACGGGAACGGGCAAGUCACUGAGUCUGAUAUGUGGAGCACUGAGCUGGCUCACAGAUUAUGGGGAAAGAAAGAGACAGGAGGCAGCUGCUCUGUUGCAGGAAGGAGAAGCAGCUCUUUCCACUUCUGUCGCUCAGUCCUCCGCAGCCAGCUCCUCAGCAGAGCCGGACUGGAUCACUGACUUUGUUCAGAAAAAGGCAGAACGAGAUUUAGUGUCAAAGUUGAAGGAGGAAGAAUUAAAAAGGAAGAAGAGAGAAGAACGGUUAGAAAUGAUCAGAAACAAUGUCCAGCUAAAGUAUGCGGUUAAAAGAAAGAGCUGUGAAGAGGAUGAGGCAUUCAAGUUGCUUCAGCUCAGUAAAGAGGAACAGGUGGAGGCAACAGGAGAUCAAGAAGAUGAGGAGCUUAUCAUUGCAGAAUAUGAGAGCGAUGAUGAGUCGAAGAGCAAGAGCAGAUUCUUUGGAGCUGAGGAAGAUGAGGAUGAUGAGCUGGUUGAAGAACAUGUUGCUAAGAUUUACUACUGCAGCCGCACUCACUCCCAGCUGGCCCAGUUUGUCCAUGAGGUGCAAAAGAGCCCCUUUAGCAAGGACAUCAGUGUGGUCACACUCGGUUCACGGCAGAAUCUGUGCGUCAAUGAAGAGGUGCGACGCCUGGGCAGCAUCCAGCGCAUAAAUGACCGCUGCUUGGAGAUGCAGAAAAACAAGCACGAGAAGCGUGAUCAUGAAGAGGGUGUAAAACGUAUGCGAGGCCCAGCAAAGAGUGUGUGUCCCUAUAAUAAAGCUUCAGCACUGCAGCUGAUGAGAGAUGAAGUUCUGGGGACUGUUCAUGACAUAGAGCAGCUUCUGAAGCUGGGCAGGGAAAAACAGGCCUGCCCUUAUUACGCUACACGUCUCGCUAUUCCCCCUGCACAGUUGGUGGUGCUGCCCUAUCAAAUGGUGCUUCAUGAAGCUACAAGAAGAGCAGCAGGGAUCCAGCUGAAGGGACAGGUGUUGAUCAUAGAUGAAGCUCACAACCUUAGUGACACACUGUCGUGUAUACACAGUGCAGAGCUUAGUGGAGCACAGCUUUGCCGUGCCCACUCCCAGCUCAGCCAGUAUGCUGACCGCUAUAAGAGCAGACUGAAGGCAAAGAACCUGAUGUACAUCAAGCAGAUUCUGUUUGUGAUUGAGGGGCUUGUUCGGGUGCUUGGAGGUAAGGUGGGGCAGAGUCCACAGAGCCAGACUACACAAUCAGGAACAGAGAUGCUCACCAUCAACAACUUUCUCUUCAAGGCUCAGAUUGACAAUAUAAACUUGUUUAAGCUACAAAGAUACUUUGAGAAGAGCUUGAUCAGCAGGAAGCUGGCAGGUUUUGCGGAGAAGUACGCAGGCUCAGGUGUGACACUGCACACACAGAACAGCGUCAACAAGGAGAACCGGCGCACAGAAGGGUUAAACCGCUACCUUCAGACCCUACAGAGCAACCAGAGGCCCGCACUAGCAGACCACCAGGAGUCUGUAGAGGCAGAAAAAGUGCUGUCUGCAUCUCCAAUGAUGCAGGUGGAGGGUUUCUUCAUGGCUCUCACUAACAGCAAUGCUGAUGGCAGAGUGGUGGUGCACAAGCAAGGUUGUUUGUCAGAGAGCAGCGUCAAGUUCCUUCUACUGAAUCCGGCAGUCCACUUUGCCCAGGUGCUGAAGGAAUGCAGAGCAGUCAUAAUUGCAGGAGGAACCAUGCAGCCUGUUUCAGACUUCAAACAAGAGCUUCUGUUUUCUGCUGGGGUGGGAGAGGAGCGAAUCACUGAGUUUUCCUGUGGUCACAUAAUUCCUCCAGAGAACAUCCUUCCCCUCGUAUUGUGCAGCGGUCCAUCUGGUCAGGAGCUUGAUUUUACUUUCCAAAACAGAGACUCUCCUCGUAUGAUGGAUGAAACGGGGCGCAUUCUCUCCAACAUUUGCAACGUGGUUCCCGGUGGGGUGGUGUGCUUCUUCCCUUCUUAUGAAUAUUCGAGGAGGAUCAUUUCUCACUGGGAGGCCAGCGGCACGCUUACUCGAUUGGCUAAUAAGAAGAAGAUCUUCCAGGAGCCGAAGAAGGCCAACCAGGUAGAGCAGGUGCUGAAAGAGUUUUCCCGUUGUAUCCAGAGGUGUUCUGUGGACUGCAGUGGGCUUACAGGAGCGCUGUUGUUCUCUGUGGUUGGAGGAAAGAUGAGUGAGGGAAUCAAUUUUUCUGAUGACUUGGGCAGGUGUGUAGUGAUGGUGGGAAUGCCGUAUCCCAACAUCAAAUCCCCAGAGCUGCAAGAAAAAAUGUCAUAUCUUGACAAACAUCUGCCUCACAGUCAGGGGAGGAGCCCAGGACAAGCACUAAUAGAAAACCUCUGCAUGAAGGCCGUCAAUCAAUCUAUAGGAAGAGCGAUUCGUCAUCGUGGGGACUAUUCCUCCAUUGUGCUGUGCGACAGACGUUACUCUCGGCCUGCCACGCUCUCUAAACUUCCCACGUGGAUCAAAGAUCGCACUACCACAUACACAACGUUUGGCCCUGCUUUUGCUGCGUUACGAAAGUUCUUCCUGGAGAAGAAGCAGAAACAAGUGUAGUUUCUCUCCCAAAGGACUCAACUAACAUCUCCCAAAUGUUCAUGGAGAUCUGUGCUAGGAUGAUUUAAGAAUAUGAUGUGGAACCACAGAGAAAAAGAAAAAAGAAAGACAUGUAAAAACUUCAGUAUCACACCACACGUUCUACUCUUGUGAGUGCUACUGGUUUAAAGAAAAAAAAGCAGGCAGUUUUUCA